UCGGCGAGUCGGGGCUGAUUUUAGUGCCGGCUUGAAUGGGUUAGUGCAGCAGUUCUUCAGGAGUUUGCCCAUCCCCUUUCGUGCCGAGGAGAGGACAGUUUUGCCGGUUAGAGGUGAUAUGAUUUUAAAACGGCAGAAGGCUGAUGUGGGUGGCAAUGAUAUGGAGGGUUGGGUGGGAUUUUCAGAUCAAUCGAAGGAUUUUGGGUUCGUGGAAAAGGAGAGUGGUUCGGAAGGACUGGAGGAUGAAGAGGUUUCAGGGUUUAAUUUGAAGUCUGCUGGAUUACUUGGGAGACCUCAGCAGGGGAUGAUAAAUAUUACCUCGACAUAUGAGAGUAGAACACGAAAUUUAGAAAGUUCUCUGGUUGCAAGGGGAGACCUAUGGAGAGUAGAGGCGUCAAAUGGCAGUUCCACAUCAGGGAGUGACAACUCUUGGUUUCUUCUUCAGCUUGGACCAGUACUCUUCGUUAGGGACACAACACUUCUUUUACCAAUUCAUCUAUCAAAGCAACAUUUGCUUUGGUAUGGCUAUGAUAGGAAGAAUGGAAUGCAUUCUCUUUGUCCAGCAAUAUGGUCAAAGCAUAGGAGAUGGCUAUUAAUGUCAAUGCUCUAUCUUAAGCCUUUAGCCUGUUCAUUUGUAGAUUUGCAAUUUCCAAAUGGACAGUUCACGUAUGUAUCUGGGGAGGGGUUAACAACAAGUGCUUUCCUACCUCUUUGUGGGGGACUUCUUCAGGCACAGGGUCAAUAUCCAGGAGAAAUGAGAUAUAGCUUCUCCUGCAAGAAUAAGUGGGGAACUCAUAUUACACCGAUGGUGCAAUUGCCAGACAAAUCAUUUACGCUGGGUCUUUCACAAGCCUUGGCUUGGAAGCAAUCGGGGCUCAUGAUGAGACCAUCCAUUCAAUUUAGUUUGUUUCCAACGAUUGGUGGAAGUAAUCCGGGUUUGCGGACCGAAGUUAUGCACACGGUGAAGGAGGAUCUCAAUCUGAUUUGUGGUUUUGCUCUUACGGCACAUCCUUCUGCGUUUGCAUCAAUAUCAUUUGGACGCUCCAAGUGGAAUGGAAAUGUCGGGAAGUCAGGGAUAGUAGUAAGAGUCGACACACCACUUUCCAAUGUUGGCCGCCCGUCAUUUUCUGUUCAGAUAAACAACGUCAUUGAGUUCUGAUCAUUCGGCAUCCAAAGCCUGCCAUUGAAGUGUAUUUAGAGCCCCAGUGAACCUAAAAUAAAUGAUACAUGUGAAUAUCGGAAUGCUACUUGUGUUAACUAUAUUAGAUCUCUGAUCCAACUUUGGAGAUUCAUGGUCUUUUCUGUAUGGUUUUUUCCAGAUUAGCAGGUCAACAAAUUUUGGUUUCUGUUUCUGUUUUAGCCUUUCAUCUGUUAUAGAUCUAGAUGUACCAUAUACCUGAACAAAAUAAUGUAAUAUGGUUGCUUGACUUGCUUCCUGUUCCUGAAAUGAAACAUACAAUGGUUGUUUGUCAUCUACAAAUCAUAUUGC